UCCCUCUCUGCCCUUCCUCCUCUGCUCCUUUCCCAUUGCCCCUGCUGCACCCCUUGUGUUUCAUUCCCCAUAUUUUGUUUUUUUGUUUCUCACUUCCUCCAUGCCAUCACCGGCUGCUUUCUCUGGUCUCUCCAAGGCAUUUCCCUGGCUGCUUCCUGGUGCUGCUGUCCCUUUAAGAGGCAGAGCUGAGUGCUGGGAAUUCACGUCAGAUUCAGGACUUGCACUUUAAGAUCAAUGAGCCGGAGGGAGGAAGGGGGAGACUCACUUCUGCCUUUAGUUUGUCUCUUCCAGGAAGGAAAACCGAGGAAGAAAUCCCCCCCGGAGCAGCAGCGGAGGGUCCAGUUCCACUGAGCCCAAAGCAACAGGAUCCAGUUGUCCUGGUGGGAGAGGCGCAAGGAAAGCCCCCUGAAUUCCCAGCAGCUGCCCCCCUGGACUACAAUGUGCUAAGUUUCUGUUUCCCAGAGGGGGAAGGGGGCUCCCCCCUUUCUUCAACCCCCCUUAUCCUUAAAGAAGACUCUCUGUUUCCUGGAAAUGUCUUCAGCCCAGUGUUACGUUAAGACUGUGGCCCCAUUGUGCACAACAGAUCAUAUCUCCAAGAUUGAGCAGCAAUAAAGCCGGCACGGGGUGGGUGCAGCAGGAGCAAAUCCCCUACUCUCCCCCUGAAAGCCCUGCACCAAACUGCACCACCUCCUCGCCCUCCCAACUCAAUGCCUCUGGGCCGCGUAGGUACAGGAUGGAAGAGGAAACUGUCAGAUUGCCAGCGCACCUGCGUUUGCCCCCCGCACACUGGAGCAGGGAAGACGUGUCCCAGUGGCUGCGCUUGGCUGAGAAUGAGUACUCUCUGCAUCCCAUUGACGCCAACACCUUCGAGAUGAACGGGAAAGCUCUGCUGCUGCUAACCAAGGAGGACUUCCGAUACCGCUGCCCACACUCUGGUGAUGUCCUCUAUGAGGUUCUUCAGCACACCUUGAAGGAGAGAAAACCUCGUCUGGUUCAUUCCUCUCUUUUACACACUGGAAACUCUCUUCAUGGUCAGUCGGAAGCCUUGAUUUCCCAGAACCACCACAAUGAUCAUCAUUCAAAUAGACCUCUCCGAACUCCCUCCCACAACACCCCGCUGAAUACCCCAACAAUAGAGCUGCUUCAUCGCUCCCGCUCUCCCUUUGCCAACCACCAUUCUUCCCCAGAUUCUGAGUCCCGCCCACUGCGUUCGCCAAUGGAAACCCCUCUUCGUCGCCUGUCCCCUGCUGAGCGAUUGCACCGCCAUGCGAGUGAAACCAACCAUCAUGCACAGGAGUCCUACCCUCUGUCUGUAUCUCCAGCUGAAGCCAACCAUUGCCCGUCAGAGCCCAUCAAUAAGCCUAACAGCCCACGGCAAGAAAACCCACGGGUGAUACAGCUCAUGCCAAGUCCCAUUAUGCACCCGCUGCUCCUCAACACUCGACACAGCAUGGAGUUCAAACAGCCACGACUAGAAGACGGGCAACCGCGAGAAGGGAAGCCCAUAAACCUGUCCCACCGUGAGGAUAUGGCUUACUUGAACCACAUGAUGGUGUCUGUGUCUCCCCCUGGAGAUCAUGGCAUGCCCAUUGGCAGGAUAGCGGACUGCCGCCUACUCUGGGAUUACGUGUACCAGCUCCUGUCCGACAGCCGAUACGAGAACUUCAUCCGCUGGGAGGACAAAGAGUCGAUGGUGUUCCGGAUCAUGGACCCCAAUGGGCUGGCGCGCCUGUGGGGAAACCAUAAGAAUAGAACAAACAUGACCUAUGAGAAGAUGUCACGGGCUCUGCGCCAUUACUACAAAUUAAACAUUAUCCGCAAGGAACCUGGACAGAGGCUGCUCUUUAGGUUCAUGAAGACCCCGGAGGAGAUCAUGAGUGGGAGAACAGACAGACUUGAGCACCUGGAAUCUCAGGAGCUGGAUGAGCAGAUGUAUCAGGAGGAUGAAUGCUGAGUGUUACACCCACGGAGAGGCAACGGCUCCUGGCCAAUUAGAUGCGAGAGAAGGAUGGGUUUGGGAUCCUCCCCUGGAGAUCUCUACUUUUCUAUUGGAAGCCCAAGAACAUGGGAUAGGCCAAUACAUCAUAAUUAAUCCAGAGGUCCAGUCUGAGAAGCUCUGUGGAUGGAUACAGAUCCAACCUGGAGUUCCAGAACAGAUCCCUUCCUUAUCUUCUUACAUCAUUGCGCCGGCCUUAUGACAUCACUUCCUCCAGCUCCUGCAAUUGCACUAGAGACUUUAGAACUGUGACCUAACAUUUUCUGACGCCACUUCCUGUUCCUGUGGACUGAAACUUCCUACGUCAAUACCUCCUCUAUGGCAUCACGCUCUGAUGGUGACAUCAUCAUCGUGAAACACAUCACUUCCUUUUACCCUCGGCAGCGCAAUUUACUGUGCCUGCGCCAUAAUUCCUGGUCAUUGAUAAAAUUGACUCUUUUUGUUUGGUUUUUUUUUGUUGUUUUUAUAAAUACAAAGACCACUGCAGAGAAAUGACAUGUAUAGAAGGGGUUAAUUUGAUUUGGUUCUUAAGGGGAAUUUUCUUUUCUGGGAAUUUCUAUUGUUUUAGGGUCCUGUGGUUUUUUUUUUCUUUGUUUGGUUUUUAAAUAGUUAAUUUGUUCUGAAA